AUGUUUUCCUCUCAGGUUCUCCGUAAGAACAUUUUUCCAUCUCACUCCGUUAACCGUCGAGUACGAUGCCUUCAGUCUCUGAGGAACUCGAGACCUGACUUAUUUCAGUCAUCGUUUUCGAGAAAUUUUACAAACGUAAAAGACGCUGAGGCCGGACAUAAAGCCGAAGCUGUGAUACCUGAGGGUUCAAAAGACGCUGAGAGUGGACAUAAAGCUGAAGAAGUAAUACCGGAAGUUUCCAAAAUUCCAGAAAAGAAAGCGACAUCUCUUGGAGAACUGCAAGUUAUGGGGAUCGGCAUAUUAACGGACUUUCUUGUCGCUUUUGUCUUGGAUAAGGUCAGUGAGUAUCGCGUCAGUUCGGCUCUAGAAAAUGGUACUAGGCCUGUGCCAAGAGUGAUGAUGGAUGAGUUCGUUCGGCGAGAUCAAAUUUCAAAGGACCUUGUGAAAGUUUUUCAACCAGAUAAACGUCAUUCAUAUUAUCAUGUCGUUUGCGGAGAACAUGGAACCGGGAAGACAACAUUAACUCAAAUGGAGGCAAAAAAUGUUGGAAAAGGCGUCAUCUAUGUUGAUAUUCCUUCCAAUUUUAAUUACUUGGGACAAUCCUUUGGAAAUGCUAUUAAUAUGUUAUUCUUUGAAGACACCUCUAUUACAGCGUUUCUGGUUCGAAAAUUUCUUUCUUCUGCAAUGGGUUUAACUGGUGGCGAGUCUGCCAUUUCCUUUUAUCAAUGGGGGAGGGCUAUGGAAAUUUUUCGACGUGCUUCUGAAGUGUAUAAAGAAAAACAUGGAAAACCGCCGGUUAUUAUUUAUGAUAAUGUUAGCCAAUUGAUUCCUGAAAAUUCAAAAAUCCUUGAUAUGCUUCAGGAUAUGGCCAAACGUAGUGCUGAUUAUAGAACAUAUAUUGCUGUAUUUGUCAGCAGUGAAGGUUCGGUGCCUAGAAGAAUGGAAUUACGCAGUGCUUGGUCACGUGCAAAAAAACCGGUGAUUGAAAUUGGUGACCUUAACAAGGAAGAAUCAAUGGAAUAUCUGACUAAAAAGCGCAAGAUCAAUGAGGUGGAAGCAAAAAAAUUAUAUGAAUUGGUUGGUGGUCGUAUUGUAGAGUUGAAGUCUGUAGCAGAUGAUUUUGUUGCUGGACAAUCCUUUGAAGUGAUUAGACAAUCAAUUUUAGAUGAAACCGAAAAGAAAUUUCAAUCUGCACAACUUCUCCCAGGCGACCAAUAUUAUGAAAUAGGAAAAAAUAUAAUUUGUGCUUUGUUGUCUUCUAAGGAGAAGGAGUUACGUUUUUUAGAAUUCAAGAAAUUUUUCAAUAAUG